GGUACAGUUGUACGGUCGUGACGUCGGCGGUUGCCGUGGAGAGACCCGCUCGGUCCCGACCGUGAGCUGGCGUUAGGAGCCGCAGGGUCACAGCGUGGCUUUGAAGCCGCCUCUGCCGCCACCAUGAGCGGCCGAAGUCGGGGUCGAAAGUCCUCCCGCGCGAAAAACCGGGGCAAAGGCCGCGCCAAAGCCCGAGUCCGCCCUGCUCCGGACGACGCCCCGCGCGACCCGGACCCUUCACAGUACCAGAGUCUCGGGGAAGACACCCAGGCGGCACAGGUGCAGGCUGGCGCGGGGUGGGGUGGCCUGGAAACCGCUGCGUCCGCGCAGCUCCUCCGGCUGGGGGAUGAGGCCGCCUGCCGGCUCCCCCUGGACUGUGGCCUCGCGCUGCGGGCCCGAGCUGCGGGGGACCGCGGGCAGGCCGCGGCCAGGCCCGGCCCGGGAAAGGCCGCAUCUCUCUCGGAGCGCCUGACCGGAGACACUGUCUUCGUGGGAACAGCGGGAACCGUGGGAAGGCCGAAAAAUGCCCCCCGCGUUGGAAACCGGCGUGGCCCUGCUGGGAAGAAGGCCCCAGAAACCUGUAGCACCGCGGGGAGGGGGCCUCAGGUCAUAGCUGGUGGCAGGCAGAAGAAAGGGUCGGCAGGGGAGAAUACCUCGGUCUCAGCUGGGGAGGAAAAGAAGGAUGAGAGGGAUGCAGGGUCGGGGCCCCCAGCGACGGAAGGCAGCAUGGAUACGCUGGAGAACGUGCAGCUGAAGCUGGAGAACAUGAACGCCCAGGCGGACAGGGCCUACCUUCGGCUCUCCAGGAAGUUUGGGCAGUUGCGACUGCAGCACUUGGAGCGCAGGAACCACCUCAUCCAAAAUAUCCCGGGUUUCUGGGGGCAAGCAUUUCAGAACCACCCCCAGCUAGCAUCAUUUCUGAACAGCCAAGAGAAAGAGGUACUGAGCUACUUAAACAGCUUGGAAGUGGAAGAGCUCGGCCUUGCCAGAUUGGGCUACAAAAUCAAGUUCUACUUCGAUCGCAACCCAUAUUUCCAAAAUAAGGUGCUCAUCAAGGAAUAUGGCUGUGGUCCUUCUGGCCAGGUGGUGUCUCGUUCUACUCCAAUCCAGUGGCUCCCAGGGCAUGAUCUCCAGUCCCUAAGCCAGGGAAACCCAGAAAACAACCGUAGCUUCUUUGGUUGGUUUUCAAACCACAGCUCCAUUGAGUCUGACAAGAUUGUGGAGAUAAUCAACGAAGAAUUGUGGCCCAAUCCCCUGCAGUUCUACCUUUUGAGUGAAGGGGCUCGUGUAGAGAAAGGAAAGGAAAAAGAAGGCAGGCAAGGUCCAGGAAAGCAGCCAGUGGAGACUACUCAGCCUGGGGUGAGCCAGUCCAACUGAUCCUGCACAAGUCUCCCUGCUGCCUCCUGCUGGGCUGCUCCUGGUUGACUACAUAUUUGGCUCUCUGCCUUCUCUUCAUGUUGGUCUCUGUGUACUAUAGACCCUUUGGACUUUAGUUACAAGAAUAUGGCGUUUAUGAUCAUGUUCUUUUGCCUCCCAUAGCCUCUUGCUUUUCUACGUUAGUGUCACAUGUUAUGUGAUCGCACCCGGACUGUUCAUAUGUUAAGCACACGUACUUUAGAUGUGUGCUGCCUUUUAUCUACAUUGCCUGGACCUUGUUCUUGGCUCUGGCCUUUCCUACUUGUCUUUAACAUGGACACUCAUGAGUCAUCCUCCAGGACGACCAGUGCAUCCUCAAGCUCUGCUCCUUCAGGGCCGGUGACUUGCUGGGCUUCGUGUUCAUGCUGGCCGUGCAUGUCAUCUAUGCAAGCGUUUCCAUUGCCACUGCAAAAUGAAGCCAGUGCACAUGGUAUUAGUCAUCACCUAGAACUUACUGUUCUGUGGGUCUGGGGUCAUCAGCUAAGACGUCACCUACUUUAUUUCUGGCUUUGGCCUGUGGUCCGUGAGACCCAUCCUGCUUGAUGUUCUGCAGAAUGGCACUUAACUGCUGGGCAUGCAUGAAGUUAAGGGCAAGAAGCGGUAUGCCAUGUGUUCUGUACCAUCAUGUGUCUCUUCUUGCUUCUGGGCCCUUCUACUGGUGAACUUUAAUCUCAUCAGGAUCUUCCCAUGCCGUGUCACUAUCAAGCCAUUAAGUUUUGUCUGGGUUGCUGUCAGCCCCAGUUGGCUUCCUGGUCAACAAGGACCUCAAGAACUGCCUGUGGACUGAGGCCCCCUACCAGUGCAUGAGACACACACCUACCCUCCCCAGCUUUCCAGGAACCCUACUGGCUGCCAGACUGAUGGGCGGGCUGGUAUGUGUGGACAUGUGUUCACCGUCACUAUGCUGUGGCUGCAGGACACUUGAGGAAAGAGUUUGGAAAAGAGACGGUGGUCAGAAAAGAGCUGUCAGGAUUUUCCAGUGUCUAGAAGUGCACUGCUUGAAGAGCAGCAGAAUAUGUUACACUGGAGAAGAGAAGACUGUAAGGGGCUAGAUGCUUCAUCUGCAAGAAGAGUAGACUUGCCCUGAAGGUAUAAUCAGGCCACUGAGAAGACAGCAUAUGCACACAGAUUUGAGCUCAGUAAAGAAUAAACCUGAGCAGUCUCACAAGGGAAUAGUACUCCCCAGAAGAUAAGCUGCCAAAUAUUGGCAUUGUUCAAACAGAGGUGCAAGGAACACCUGCCAGGUAAAGAAUGGACACCUGCCCUGAGGGGGCCAUGAGAUAGAUCAUCUCCAAACCCGCUGUCAACCUCUGUGAUUCUAAAAGUAAGGGUGAGCUCAUCAUGACCACUAUUCAGAAAGAAGAAACUCUUAAUGUUUUCCUAUGAUAUUAGUAUUUUUUUUUUCUAGUAAAAAUUCCUAUCAUCAUGCUGCUCUUCAACUGGAACCAAAACAAAAAUUUAACAUAUUAUACUACUAGGAAAAUUAAUGAUUAAGGAAAUCUGCCAUCCUAAACAGAACCCUUUAUAACUUAAAAUUUGCCUUCCUGAAUUGGAGCUAUGCUGUAUUGAUAACUUCCAUUGAAACCCUGGGACAUACGGUAGAAGGGCAUCAUAACUAUGAUCCCUGGCAAUACCAACUUUUAGGGGAGAACUCCAUACUUUACAGUGUCCUUUGAUAGUCUAUGAUGGACUGUUAUUUCUACAUUUGACUGUUUUCACGUUUAUUUUUUACUUUUUGAUUCUACAGAUGGAAAGUUCCACAAAAAAAAAAUUAUCAUCCACUGUGUAAAACAGUACUUCAUUUUAUCUGAGCUAAAAUUACUUUCUCAAGUAUGAAAUACAUAACAAUCAUAAUUUUGCAGACAUUUCUAAAUAAGACUUUUUUCUCUAUUUGCAGGCUGAAGAUUGCUAUACCCUUUAUAAUAGUCUCAUCUCGCCAUUUUAGUGGUUCCUUCUGAAACUUUCUUGAAUUUCACUAGAUUUUGGAGAUGUAGCAACCAAAACUAUGAUGUAUCCUAUAAGUUUUUUUGUAUGUUAUAUAUAUUUUUUGUAUGUUAUAUAUUUUUUGUAUGUUAUAUAACUGUAAGAACCUUCUUGAUAGCUCCUAAGAUUUACUUAAUCUUUUUAAUUGCAUAGAGCUACAUACAUGAGGAAACCUACAAUGACUCUAGAUACCUUUGCAGGCUCCUACAAUCACACCCUAUCAAAGCUAGAAUGACUUUAGGAGAUUGUGGCCAACAUUGUACUUUUACACAGAGAAGGAAUAUUUGCCCAAGUGGCAGGGCCUGAAAAUAGAAGCCAGAGCUUUUGACCCAGAGCCGAGCAUUAUUUCAGUCAUAUCCCUCUGUCUGCUUCACUAAAGAUGGGGCAGUACCUAUUUUGACUGCUUUUCUCUAAUGCAUGACCUUUUAUUUGAGUAUGCUAAAAAUUAAUCUGCCAGUUUUUGCUUGCACACAUGGCAUAACGAGUGCUUUCAAUAAUUUCUCCCUACCACCUUGACAUGAGCAAGUUACUUAAUCUCUCUAACCUUUGUUUCCCUAUCUGUAAAGUGGGAAUAAUAAUACAAACCUACCCUUAAAAAGUGUGUUGUGAGAAAUAAAUGAGAUGACAUGUUUAUCACUAUCAUA